AGCACCGUGUUUGUAAAGUGUACUUUUCUGCUAUGGAAGAAACUGAUGAAAAAGCUCCAUCUGUAAUUGACCGAUAUUACACGCGAUGGUAUAAAACAGAUAUGAAAGGAAAAUCGUGUGAAGAUCAUUGCGUUCUACAACAUUCAAACAGAAUCUGUGUCAUCACUCUUGCGGAGACUCACCCUGUUCUAAGGAAAGGGAGUAAAAUCAAGAGUAUCAACUACCGAAUCAGUGAUGGGUGCAGUCGACUGAACAAUAAAGUGUCUGGGAAGUCAAAGAGAGGUGGUCAGUUCCUCACAGAGUUUGCGCCACUGUGCAGAAUAACGUGCACAGACAAUGUGGAGUACACAAUUUUUAGCUGCAUAAGAGGACGCCUGUUAGAGGUGAACGAGGACAUCAUCAUGAGCCCUGAUCUGCUACUGGAGAAGCCCUCCACAGAAGGCUAUAUAGCAGUCAUCUUACCCAAACUUGAGGAGAGCAAGAGGGUCACCAACAGCCUUCUAACCCGAGAACAAUAUGAAGAGGUCGUCUCUAAACGGACUACUCAACAGCCACAGCCUUGCUAAAAUCAAUGUUAUAGAGGUAUAUGAGCAAUAGUUUCAGUGCUUCCACUACCAAGCAGUCUACUUGGUCAAGUAUGACAUGAACAACUGCAUGGCACUAGGGUCAUUGUUACUACUGUAUAUUUGUAAUGUAUUUUGUUUUGCCACAUUUCUGAAAUAUAGUACUUAGAACUUUGUAAAUUUGAGACAUUUACAUUUUUUCCUCUUGAACAAAAUCCAUGUUAAUUUCUCUUCAUGGUACUGAUUGAUUUAAUGCCACAUAUUAACAGUAAAAGUAGCUCUUUAGACUUACCUUGUCCGAACUGUCUAAAUGCUUUGUAUAUGCUCCCAUUCUCACAAAAGAUUUAUUUUUGCAAAUACAUAAAUAAAUCACACAAGUAUGAGUUGUUUAAGAAAAAUAA